CACGCGGAGCCAGCUAGUGAUGGGCAUUCCGAGUCUUUUCGGUGAGCCGGCUGGCCCAUUUGGCUCCGUUCACGUAAAAAAAGCCGGCUAAUUUGGCUCCCAAACGGGUCUUUGUUCAAAAUGCUUAAAACUUGAACUAGAACCAUGAAAAAUCGCAAAUCUACAAUGUAAAGCUCAAAAGGUAAGAUACCAUUAUCUCAGAUUGUGAAAUGCGCGUUCAAAUAUAUUUUUACCUGGCCAAAUGAUUCGUUUUUGCGUGGACCAGAUUCAUGCGCUCUCCCCACUAUUUAUUGUUUCUGUAGUGAGGAUUCAAAUUCUUUAGGUAAUUAUUUUGUAACGUAACCGUAGAAAAAUGUUUGAGCUCAAAAAGCAGUAGCUGCAGUAUGCUAAUCAAGGAGCCAAAUUAACGAGUAUUUCACUGAUACGAUUCGGUUCCCAAUCUUAACCAAAAAGAUAUUUUCAAAAGAGCCGUUCGUUCGCGACGCAUAAUAAGAGCAAACGUUGACGAAGAAGGAACGGUCCUUCAGUUUACUGGUUAAAUCGGAGGACUCUGUUUUUCAUUAUUAUAUGCCUUCUGCGUGUACCAUCUUCAUCUCCAUUUUCUUCAAUCCUGCCCUUGCAUGACCUGUGCUGUCUAGGCUAGAAGGCAUCGGCUCCCUGUUCUAUUGUGUGUCCCUUGUCACAAUGUCCAAUGAACCUUCAUCUAGAUAUGCUGCUGCAAUAUCAGCCCUUUCCCUCAGUUUACCUGCUGUUAACCCCAACCCAACCCUUACCCUCGGUUCAUCCACUGCCCCCAACCCACCGCUUACCCCUAAACCCUCUCUUAUCCCCAAAUCACAUUUUACCUCCAAAUCCCUUACCCCUAAACCACUAGUUGCCCCUACCCCCAAACCACCCUUUGCCAUCAAACUACCCACUGCUGCCAGCCCAGCCCCUUUAAAUUCAUAUCCCCCUUCACUUGAGAUUUUGGGAUCAGAUGAUGAGGAACAGGAGAAUCCAUCUGAUUACUGCAUAGGUGGGUACUACCCGGUGGAAAUUGGAGAGAUAUUCAUUGACCGUUACCAGGUGGUGAAGAAGCUGGGAUGGGGCCACUUCUCUACUGUGUGGCUAGGCUGGGACAUGGAGAAGAGGCGUUUCGUGGCUCUGAAGUUGGUAAAGAGUGCUCCAACCUUCACAGAGACCGCUUUGGAUGAGAUCAAGCUUCUGAAAUGUGUAAGGGACAGUGAUCCAUCUGACCCUAAACGUGAAACUGUUGUGCAGCUUAUUGAUGACUUCAAAGUCUCUGGAGUCAAUGGGGAGCAUGUAUGCAUGGUUCUUGAAGUUCUGGGUCACCAGCUGCUGAAGUGGAUCAUCAAAUCCAACUACACUGGCCUUCCCCUGCCCUGCGUUAAGAGCAUCCUUAGACAGGUUCUUCAGGGCUUAGAUUACUUGCACACUAAAUGCAAGAUUAUCCACACAGACAUCAAGCCAGAGAACAUCCUUUUGAGAGUGGAUGAGGUUUACGUCCAGGAGCUGGCAGCAGACACCAAGCUAUGGGAGCUGCCAGUGUCUUCUGCUCCCACAAGCUGUUCAGCAAACACCAGUCUAAGAGAAAAGCAGAUUGUAUCAAACUUGAUGGGGAAAUUGACGGUGGCUUUCCAGGCUCUUGGGGUUUGGACUGGGAAGGUCUCCAGGAUCCCGAUGGCCAGGUUGUCGAGGAAGGAGAAGAAACAACUACAGCCGCAGAAGGGCGAGGACACUUUAGUUGGCCGUCAGAAGAGGGAGAAACCUCAUGUGUCAUUCUCUAAUAUCACCACUCCCUGUAGCAUCCCUAAUUCCACCUCGUCCCCUAAGCCUUCAGGUCCUGUGCAUACUACUUGGAGACGGACCCUGCUGCAUGAAGAAGCAAUGGGCUCUGACAGCAAGGAGUCGGCCUCGUCACCGAUGGAAGAUGCACCAUCAUUGACUACAAUGUCUCACUGUUCUAGACAAUCUAUAGUGUUACAUCAUUCUACCCAGAGAGACAACCUGCCCUCAUCACCAUCACAUGGGUUAAGUGAAUCAGAUCUGUUGGUGAAUCUUCUGAAGCCACAGAAUGCUGAUAAAAUCAGCAUCAAGAUUGCAGAUCUGGGAAACGCCUGCUGGGUGUACAAACAUUUCACAGAAGACAUCCAGACCUGCCAGUACCGCUCUGUUGAGGUCCUGAUUGGGUCUGACUAUGGCACUCCUGCAGACAUCUGGAGCAUAGCCUGCAUGGCGUUUGAGCUGGCUACCGGGGAGUAUCUGUUUGAACCCCAUUCAGGGGACAACUUCUCACGAGAGGAAGAUCACAUUGCUCACAUAAUUGAGUUGCUGGGACCCCUUCCAUCCCAGUUUGCCCUCUCAGGGAGAAACUCCAAGCGAUAUUUCAAUCACAAUGGGCAUCUGCGGCGCAUCUCAAGGCUGAAACCGUGGAGUUUGUGUGAGAUCCUUCUGGAUAAGUAUGAGUGGCCGCGGGAACAGGCAGUCCAGUUCAGUGCUUUCCUCCUCACCAUGCUGGAGCCCCUCCCAGAGAAGAGAGCCACCGCUGCCCAGUGUCUGAAACACCCCUGGAUCUCCUUAUAGACACAAAGCCACCACCGCUGCCCAGUGUCUGAACCCGAUCUGGUUCUCCUCAUGGAUACAGAGCAGUCUCACCGAUGACAGAGGUUACACAGGUGACACAGCGUCAAACAGGCUGGGACAAGUGCCUUAAUAUGAUGUUUGAAUAGUGGGUAAUGGCUGAUAUUCAGCAAGUGUUAUUUUUUCAGCUGAUCUUCUGCAAUGUUAUUUUUCUGUUUGCUCAGGGAGAGCAGUCAACUAUCAAUAUAUUUUGUCUGAUUAUUUAACACCUUUGAUGUAAAGAAAAUAACUUUUGAUUUGGAGAGAUAUGCCAGAUGGCCAGUCUGCCCCUGCUGGGAAAGCUCUAUUUUUGUUUUUGAGUUUCAUUGAAUAAAUGUUAUUUGUUUAUACAAGGCUUUCAUUAUCUAUCACUUUUCUCUGAAUAAUAAGAUAAAAAAGAUUUUGACAGAAUUAAUAGAAAUAGGGUUAGACAUUGUGUUAAUUUAGCCAAUUCAUGUAUGAAUUCAGAAUACUCUAUGGCUGCAUUUAGACAAGCACCCCAAUUCUGAUUUUCUUUUCACUAAUUGGUGAUUGGUCAAAAGACGAAUUAGUGGAAAAUGUACGCAGCCUAUGUGAUUCACCUGAAUCCUGUCAUAAGACCAGUGGAGGCUGCUGAGGGAGGAAUGCUCAUAAUAAUGGCUGGAAUGCAGCAAAUGGAAUGGCAUCCAUUAUUUGAUGUAUUUGAUAUCAUUCCACCAAUUCCACUCCAGCCAUUACCACAAGCCCGUCCUCCCCAAUUAAGGUACCACCAACCUCCUGUGCAUAAGACCUAAUGGAAUGACGAAGAAGCAGUGGCUUCAAAGGGGAUUAGGAUACUGUUGAGUAGGGCUCAACACUGUAGCCCGGUCACCCAGUCCAUGCAGGGUAAGCCAUACCUCCCCUGUUUUCACUGCUUCCUUCUGUGCCGUCCCUUCUUUCUGUGUGAGUGUGCUGUGAGUAUGUGUUGAUGACUGAAAGUGUGCUUUAGUGAGAUCUCCACAGCCACACAUUCCUCUCAGUUCACAUUAAAGUGGCAAUCUGCAGUUCAAACAAUAACAAAGCGGCCACCCAGCCACCAAUGGUCAGUCCUUGUAUCUAAAGCUCUCAAUGAGUUUGAGUGGUUACAUUUCUCCAGCCCCCUCCCUCAGCUGUUUACCUAAUCCAUGUUUUAAGGCUAUACAGUGUUUGUUCCAAUUUACAUUGUUUACAAACAAAGGAGUAAAACAAGCAUAUAUAGUUUGUUCUGAUGGGGAACGACAGCUCAUGAUGCAUCAAUAAGUUAUAUUCUUCAAAAAAUUAAUGGGUAUACAUCAUUCAUUUAAAAGUCUAAAAAUUGAUGUAGGAACUGCAGAUUGACGCUUAGGGAGGGGUUAGUCUCAUGAAAAUGUGAGUGUGCGCUCAUGUGUGAGACAAACUGCACAAACUGCAGGUGUGAAACAGUUUUAUGGUGAGAGGCAGCAUCAAGAAGGAAGAAUAUCACCACCCUGAUUGGAGACAGACGAGCUUCAGAUGGAAGUGAUCCCCACAGCUAUGCAGUAUCAUGGAAGACUGGCACUACUGUGGCAUGAUGUCAUCGUGGAGCGUGCUCUUGACACUUUGACCCUGACAUCACGUCCUCAGGCAGUGCAGAGGAAAGCCGCUGUGGUAGACCCCCAGAGUGUGAUCACAGCCAUCGACCACUUCUGCAAACAGAGAAUGGGCCAUGAAUAUGGGCGAGGAGAAAGGCUCCAUUCCGGACUCUGUGGUCAAUGAAGUGAGUCCAGUUACUGUCUUGGAGUUAGGCACUUACUGUGGGUACGCAACAGUGUGAAUAGCUCGCCUAUUACCCCCUGGCGUCAGUGUCAUUACCUUGGAGUUCAACCCAGAUUAUUCUGACACUGCUCGUCAAGUCAUCAGAUGGUCAGGACUGGAGGAGAAGGUGCAGCAAGUGGAGGGAGCCUCAGGAACUUGGAUCCCUCGAUUGAAGGAGCAUUUCGGGGCCCAGGCGUUUGACUUAGUUUUCCUGGACCACUGGAAAGAUCGCUACCUUCCUGACACAAAACUUCUGGAGGAGUGUGGUCUCAUACAGAAAGGCACAGUGAUGCUGGCAGACAAUGUCAUCUGUCCAGGAACCCCUGACUAUCUGUAGUACGUCUGCAACAGCUCUCAAUACAACAGCCACUACUACAGAUCACACCUGGAGUACACUAAAGCAGAGAGCGUCCUGGAGAAGUCUGUGUUCUUAGGGUACUAGCCAAACAGUGAGCCUCUUGCUUUAAAACACUAACUCUCUCUUGAUAAAACAUUUUGGGUUAGUUUCAAUUCAAAGUGCUGCCUUAUGACAUGCUGUAACUUACUGUGCUAAGCAUUUCUUUAUCUGUAGAACUGAUGUUAUCUAGAGUAAGCAAAUAUGUCUUUGAAAAACUAUUUCUACUUGUGUUUUGACAUUGUCACAAUGCUGUCUUGCUAUGCAAAUGAUGAAAAUACCAUCAGUUUUAUAGCUACAGAAUUGCAGUAGUGUGAUGUCUUUUUCAAAAAUGGAUUUAAUACACUAGGUGGCAGUGGUGUGCCUUUUUAGAUAUUCAAUCAGACAACUGAAAAGCAGCAUGCAGUGGUCCCGUCAUAACUUCAUAGCAUUUAUAGCCUUCUUUCCGAUGUAGGUAGACAGAAAAUGGUCUAAAGUCUUACACCAUAUCUAGCAACUUAAAAUAAUUAUUAAUAUUUUGUUUUGACACUGUAUCAGAUCUACAUUGAGUCAUUUAAGGUUCUGUGAGAAAGGUCUAUGUUGCACUGCUUUAAACUAAUUUUAUAGAUUUAAAUCUUUGAUUUGAUAAAAUCCAAUGGGCAUUAAACAGAUCACUAAGGUAUUAAGUCGGAUAUUAACAGUACUGAUUAAUGUGACUUAUCCUGGAGAUGCUAUAGAAAAUGAUCACAUCUAUACAGUAGAGAAACAAAUGCACCAGAUGUACCUGAUUGUGAAUCACAGUAUUGUUUCAGUUGAUAGAAUAUGUCCCUUACAUGAUAUUUCGACAUGUGAAUUAACAGGUGUGUAUGAGAAUGUAUGAAUCAAAUCAAUGCCUUUCUAAUCUCCCCUGCAAAGUGACGGAGUGACGGUGUUCCAUCAUAAAUGGGGGAGGGACUACAUAUAGAACAUGCUGCAUAAAAAUAUAUAGGCUAGUCCACCUAGGGAUUUCUUCACAGACGCCCGCAUGAUAAUCCCAAUCUGUGGCCAUUAGUGCACUGAGAGAGAAGAGGGUUCGGGAGAGAGAGAGGGAGGGGGGUCAACAGAGAGAGGGGGAGUGACAGAGAGAAACAGAGAGCGAGAGGGGGAGAGCUUUUAAGGGAUUUGGCAGUGAUUUGUCGAAUCUCAGUGGCGUAAUGUGCUUUUUCUACUUUUUCUACUGAUUUAGACAUGAUGCUAUACACGGAAGCCUCGAAAGCCAACGUUUUCAAUAUGUUUUUAUGAACUAAAACAAUUUUUUUUUAUGUUAUUGAACAAUUUGAGUCCAUUACAGUUAUUUUGGGAAAAUAAAUAUAACAUCUGAGAUGUUAAUAGAUUUACUUUUCGCUAAAACAACGAAGAAACGGGCACUGAAUAUCAUCACAUAUUAAAUAUGGGAAUAGGCCUAUUUGGGAAUGAUGGCGUGAUGGGUCAAAUCAAGACUGGUCCAAAUGGAAUGCUCAGGUAAGCAGUCAAUUCUUAUAUUUAUGUACAAAUAUAUGUCACAUCUCUAUUUCAAGGCCUUGCAGAAUUUGUGUAGACUUCAGGCCAGUAUCCAACACAGUUUUUUCAUUGUUUGCACAAUAUUGAUGUGUGCAUCAAAUGAUAGCAUGUGAUGUUUGGUUGGAUGAUAAUCAUACAACUAAGAUAAAAUGUUGUUUUGCAACAACAAAAGGUUUAAAGGUUUAAUUAUCCUUACUCUGUGAAACAUAUUUGCACAACAAUAUUGUAAUUUCAAUAUCUUUAGUUGGUUAUGUCUUAAUAACCUUUUACUGCAGUUGGCUAAAUCAGGGUCACACAGAGUGUUUCUUGGUAGUCUUAAACAAAUCUACUUUGAAACAAUAGUAUACACCUCACACACAUGGUUAUGGGCUUAAAAAAGACACAUGUACCAUGUCAGAUAUAGAUUUGUAAUGUAUUAUAUUUUGAGUUUGCAUUCCAAUGUACCACUAUAUACAUCACAAAAGACUGAAAUAUAACAAAACCGUUUAAAUUAACAAAGAAACACCAGAUUUUUGGCAGCUUCAAAAAAGAAAAGUAUAUUAAUUAUGAUUUUUUUUUUUUGCAAUAUAACAUUACAUCCUUGAGGCCACUCAGUCAUUUGAUUGCAAGAAACGGGUACACCAAAUAUUUUACCAAUUUUCAAUACUGUUAUAACUUAUUCGGAUCUCCCCCUCACAUAGUGAAAAUGUAAGAAAAGUAAGCUGGAUAGGCAGUCAAACUGUGAGCUAUAUUUCAGUAUAUAUAUUCUUAGCGUCAUAUCGGGAUGAAAUUCCUUGUUCCUUACACAAGUCAUAUUUUUUAUCUUGAACAUGCACCUUAAUUCUUCUAUUUCUCUCACCCCUAUGUCUCCCUUAUGUUUCAUUAAACCUAAACAGUAUUACAGAACAUAAUGAAAAUAACAUAAAACACAUAUACUGUAUCUGUCCAUGUUCGCUUUUGUGAAAUAUUUAUGCAAUGUUAUUACUAUGCACUUUGCUGCUCUCUUGGCUGUGUUUUACUUGUCCAACCCUUUUCAUACAGAUAACCUUUACUCA